AUGGGUGAUGAUGGCUACCGUCCUCGACCUCCACCAGAUGAGGAACUGCGAACUGCUAUUGAACGAUUGGCAGUAUUUGUUGCGAAAAAUGGCCCCGACUUUGAGAAAAUGACUAUGGAAAAGCAGGAAGGGAAUCCAAAAUUCGCUUUUCUGUAC